GAACGGAUUUUCCUAACGCUCUCAAACUACAUCUUUACAGUUAUCUUCCUGACUGAGAUGACAGUUAAGGUGGUGGCACUAGGCUUGUGUUUUGGGGAGAAAGCCUACUUGAAAAGCAGCUGGAACGUGCUGGAUGGGGUGCUGGUUCUCAUCUCCGUCAUCGACAUCCUGGUCUCGAUGGUGUCAGACAGCGGCACAAAAAUCCUGGGGAUGCUACGGGUUUUGAGACUGCUGAGGACACUGCGGCCCUUAAGAGUCAUUAGUCGAGCCCAAGGACUGAAGCUGGUGGUGGAGACUCUCAUGUCGUCCCUGAAGCCCAUUGGGAACAUUGUGGUCAUCUGCUGUGCCUUUUUCAUAAUCUUUGGGAUCCUGGGAGUUCAGCUGUUCAAAGGCAAGUUUUUUGUCUGCCAGGGGGAGGACACCAGAAACAUCACAAAUAAAUCGGAUUGUACGGAAGCAAGCUACAAAUGGGUCCGGCACAAGUAUAAUUUUGAUAAUCUCGGCCAGGCCCUGAUGUCUCUCUUUGUUCUGGCCUCCAAGGACGGGUGGGUGGAUAUCAUGUAUGAUGGCUUAGAUGCUGUGGGAGUUGACCAGCAGCCAGUCAUGAACUACAACCCAUGGAUGCUCCUCUACUUCAUCUCCUUCCUGGCCUUCUUCGUCCUCAACAUGUUCGUGGGGGUGGUGGUGGAGAAUUUCCACAAGUGUCGGCAGCACCAGGAGGAGGAAGAAGCCAAGAGGCGGGAGGAGAAGAGGCUUCGCCGGCUGGAGAAAAAGAGAAGGAGUAAGGAGAAACAGAUGGCUGAUCUAAUGCUGGAUGAUGUAUUAAUGGAGAGCUCAGCCAGUGCAGUGCAAGAAGCACAGUGUAAGCCCUACUAUUCGGAUUACUCCCGCUUCCGCCUCCUGAUCCACCAGAUGUGCACCAGCCACUACCUGGAUUUGUUCAUCACCGGCGUGAUCGGCCUCAAUGUGAUCACCAUGGCCAUGGAGCACUACCAGCAGCCAAAGGUUCUUGAUGAAGCCCUGAAGAUUUGCAAUUAUAUCUUCACUGUUAUCUUUGUCCUGGAGUCUGUUUUCAAGCUUAUCGCCUUUGGGUUUCGUCGCUUCUUCCAAGACAGAUGGAACCAAUUAGAUCUGGCAAUCGUGCUGCUAUCUAUCAUGGGCAUCACUUUGGAAGAGAUCGAGGUGAACGCUUCGCUACCAAUUAACCCCACUAUUAUCCGAAUCAUGAGGGUUCUCAGGAUUGCCCGAGUGUUGAAGUUGCUGAAGAUGGCUGUAGGGAUGAGAGCCCUGCUGGACACCGUGAUGCAAGCGCUGCCGCAGGUGGGGAAUCUGGGUCUUCUCUUCAUGUUGUUGUUUUUCAUAUUUGCAGCUCUUGGAGUGGAGCUGUUUGGAGACCUUGAGUGCGACGACACGCACCCCUGCGAGGGGCUGGGACGGCACGCCACCUUCAGAAACUUUGGGAUGGCCUUUCUGACUCUCUUCCGAGUAUCCACGGGAGACAACUGGAAUGGGAUAAUGAAGGACACGCUGCGAGACUGUGACCAGGAGUCCACCUGUUACAACACCGUCAUUUCACCCAUCUACUUCGUCUCCUUCGUGCUGACAGCCCAGUUUGUCCUGGUGAAUGUGGUGAUCGCUGUGCUCAUGAAGCACUUGGAGGAGAGCAACAAGGAGGCUAAGGAGGAGGCAGAGCUCGAAGCAGAACUGGAGAUGGAGAUGAAGACAAUCACCCCUGGCCAACACAGCCCCUCGGACAUCUUUGCAUGGGCAGGCAGCGCCGGUGGAGAGAGGCCCGAGAGCCCCCGAGGAUGUACCAAUCCCACGCAAAUCAAGGUGGAUUCUCAGCUCUCAUUAGUUUACCCUAUGGAAAGGCACUUGUUUGAUACCAUAUCACUGCUGAUCCAGGAAUCUCUGGAAGGAGAGCUGAAGCUGAUGGACAACCUGUCAGGCUCUGUGUACCAUCAUUAUGCCCUCCCAGCUCCCGAAUAUUACAACUCUGAGAACCAGGCUGAUCUCCGCUCCAAAGAUGACACGCUGACCCUGUCUCCCAGCAAGGACUUGCUGAGCGUGAGAAAGCCUUCGGUGGGGCGCACCCACUCUUUGCCAAAUGACAGCUACAUGUUCCAGCCGCCGUACUCCAGCCCCUGCCCUGCCUCCCUGGGCGAGAGGAAUCCAGCACACCACAAGUCCCAGUCAGGUUCAAAGGCAUCGGUGCAGUCACAGCCGGCAGACACCAGCUCUCUCCUGCAAAUUCCAAAAGACCAUUUUCACCCCGUAAGAGGUCAUGACCAUUUGGUGAGGGAGAGCAAACGCCAGGUUUCCCAGCAGGUGCACUCUCCUUCUGCUGAAAGGCUGCUCCGCAGGCAGAUGGCUAUAAGGAAUGACUCUUUGGAUAGCAAGGAGAAUCUCCACACCGAGGUGAGUGAACUCUCUGACCCAAAUGUCCCCGCUGUGCCCAAGGAAGAGUCAUCAGUGGCUCUGACACCCUCAGAAGCGCAUGAGUUGGCUGCAUGGAGCCGGGCAAGUGUUCAUACACAGCAGCAUUCCCACAAUCAGUAUAAUAUUUCAAAGCAGGCACCAGCAUCGUGUGCUUGUGCAGACUCGUAUCAGGAGACACCUGGAGAUUCAAUGGACCAAGAAGUAUCUGAAAUAAACAGCUCCUCGGAGCCUUUCACUUCGGAAACUUGUACAGCCUCGAGUGCCUGUUCGGAGGUUCAGCCUCUCACUCCUAAGAGGAACAUAGGCAAUACCGGCAACGUUACAUUGAAGGACCUGAAGAAAUACCACAGUGUAGACACCCAGGGUCUUCUAAAAAAACCGCCCUCUUGGUUAGAUGAUCAAAGGAGACAUUCAAUAGAGAUUUGUUCAAUGGAAAACAGCCCUCAGCACCAUUCCACAUCUAGCUCUUCUGGCUUCAUAAGUCAGGUGGUAAGUGAAAUGGAAGGCUUACAAGGAACACGGCAGAAGAAAAAGCUGAGCCCUCCAUGUAUAUCUAUAGAUCCACCCGAUGGACAGAGUCUGCUACCUAGAGGACCUCAGAGCAUCUCACCUGCCAGUGGAGACGUUUGCUUGAGACGGCGUGCUCCAUCUUGUGAGUCCAAGGAUUCGAUGGAUAUAGGGGAUUCGUUGCUUCCAGACAGUGUGUCAACAUCUCCUACCCCAAAGAAAGACUUGUUGACACUUCCUAGCUUUUCCUUUGAUCAAACAGAAAUGGACCCCUGA